AUGGCGACCAUGAGCACCCUGACAGCACCCAUGAAUGUGCGCUCGCCCAAUGGACUGCCGAUGAGCCGACUGAAUACUGUGACAUCUGGCUUCACAGCAGUGAAUGGCGACGGCCAAAAGACGACGCCGUAUAGCUCGACCAGCGGAUCGAAGGCGAUAACGGAUUCCGAUCAUAGUUUCCGCAUACACUGUGAUCAACCGACCGCAUCAGACUCUUCAGCACACGGUUGGAGACCCAGUGGCGGUAGCACAUAUCCGCCUCAGCUGGACGGAGGUGAUCCUCGGAAGCGAAAGCGAUCAGAUUCUGCGGGUGACGCCAGUCCUGGUAUGCUCGUGAUCAGCCAGGAGCAGACCAACGGCGAUCAUUCUCCAAAGCGUGGAGUGUUGACUCUUGACUCUGCUGUCGACCUCACCUCGCCUGAGCAGACGAUGAGUGGCUCCCACCCUUUCCCGCCCGAGCGGCGUAUGGCAGACGCCCAGUACAUGCCAAUAUCUUCACGCGAACCAUCGCCGGUUCGUCGAAGUGGUGCAACAGAGGCUGUCCCGCCACCUCGACCAGAGAUCGAAGCUGGAUUGGCCGAGUCUCUACAGCGUGUACUGCACAAAUCACCCGAGGUAGCUGAGCCAGCGGAUGCACAGCAUCUUCCCAAGAAUGGCGAGCAGCCGUCUACUCCGCCUAUGGAAGACGACACGCAGAUGCGUUCUCAAAGCUAUAGCCCGGAACAAGGCACUGCCGAGUACGAUGCGAAAAAACGCAAGCGUACAUUUAGCAAUCGCACGAAGACCGGAUGCCACACAUGCCGCACGCGCAAGAAGAAGUGUGAUGAGAAGAAACCUAAAUGCUUUAAUUGUCUGAAAGGCAACUACGCGUGCGGAGGAUAUGGGCCCCGACCGCCAGGCAACAAGACCAACCAGGCAAGCAAGACACCUCUAGCGCUUCAGUCGAAGAGCAGUUAUGAGCCAUCCCAUGGGCCGUCUACUUACUUCCAGAGUCCAUUGGAGGGUCCGCGAUAUAACCACUGGGGUCGCAUACCGGAGUCGGAGCCACAACGCCCCAUUCCGGUGGUAGAGCAUCCGCCGCCGUACGAUCGGGAUGGAUGGCCACAGCCUGCUGCGUGGCAGUCAGCUAAACCUGGGCCAAGCUACAUUCCAGAGCGCUUGCCACCGAACGAUUUCACUGCCAUGCCACCUAUACAUACUUAUGCUCCGGGCCACCCACCACCCCCCAUGCCGCACAUGCCGCACAUGCCGUCCUGGGCACAGGAGUCAUCAAGCAUGGCACUUUAUAGGCCACCCACCAGCCACGGUGCGGCAACAAGCUCGCGCGAAAGCGCAACGACCACAAGUUCUCAACGCACCGCAGCACUCGCCCUUACCUACGGCGGAGUGCAGCAUCUGCCAGAAAAGCAGAAAAUGCUCCUGGGACUGCCGUUCAUGGCGUACCGCGAUACCGAGCUCCUCAACGACCGCGAGCAGUGCAAAGCCGCUUUAGAACGCUACAACGACUCCGCCCUCGCCUCGCGAGGCCACAGUUCCGAAGAACGAGCUCGCUUUUUCAGAGCAGUCGUUGAGCCACCGUUCCGUGAAGCCUUCCGUCAACGUUAUUCACCAGAUAGCUAUCAGGGUCCGAAGGGCUCCGUAGGCCCAAAUACGUAUGUUGAAACGCCGUUCACAUGCGACUACGGCUAUAACAUCCAUGUUGGCGAGGAAGUCUUGAUUCAGCCUGGGUGUUAUAUGCAAGAUGCUUGUGAGAUCAGCAUCGGUGCGAGAACGAUCAUAGGGCCGAAUGUGAAGUUCUAUGGUACCACAACGAGCGUGGAUGCGAUGCAGCGCAAGGGUAGCCAAGGCACAUUUGUAGCUGGAGCCAUCAAGAUUGGCGAAGAUUGCUUCAUUGGUGGGGAUGUGAUAAUCAUGCCUUUCCGCAGGAUCGGAAAUGGUGCCGUCAUUGGUGCCGGAAGUGUCGUUACUAAGGACGUCAAAGAAGGCACAGUAGUAGCCGGCAACCCGGCCAAGUUCAUCCGCCGUAUCGCGGCAGGCCAACCGGACGUAGACGACCACCACAACUCAGAUAUCCAGGAGCAGAACGCCAGGAUGCUAAAAGACAUGCGGGAUGAUGCUCAGCGUAUUGAUCGUUAG